UUUGGGGACUUCAAGGACAAUCCAAUGGCGAUAUUUCAAGUUCUCUAUUUUUCAACGGUGUUAGCUAGUUGCUUGAAAGCUUUUUGCACUAAAUAACCUCCACCCUUUAUGCCCCAUGAUGCUCCAUAGCCAGCCACCAUCCUUUUGUCCUUUUUUGCUUCUGAUUUUUCCCUAGUGUCUUCCCCUUUUCUUUGUUCUUCAUCGUUCUAAACAGACCCUUUGUUGGGACCCUUCAAGGGUUCUUUCUUUUUUUUUCUUUUUUCGAUGAAUUGUUUCUGUGACAGAGAAGAAGCAAGCUCUGGGUUUUUUUUUCAAAGCCAGGAACCAUAGGGUUCUUCAUGUUUUGAUCUGUCUGUAUGUGAAUGAUUGAAGUGUUUGGUUCAAAAGAAAAUCAGAAACAUCAAAGGAAAAAGAGGGGGGAAAAGCAGUUUCUUUUUGUUUUGUAAGCUUGCAUUUAGGGAGGCAAAAGGAACCAUGGAAAAAGAGCUAAGCUUUGAGAAGAAGAAGAUGACAAAGCAAUUGACGAGUAAAAAGGACGAUACGCCGCUGCACUCGGCGGUGAAAGCAGGAGAUUUCGAAUUGGUUUUGGAGAUGAUUAGUGGUAGUGGUGAGGAUGGAGAGUUGAAGGAUUUGUUGUCUAAGCAGAAUCAAUCUGGCGAAACCGCCUUAUAUGUUGCUGCUGAAUGUGGCUAUGCUGAUUUGGUGAAGGAGAUGAUGAAGUACCAUGACAUUGUUUUGGCUGGUGUUAAAGCAAGGAAUGGCUUUGAUGCUUUUCAUAUUGCUGCCAAGCAAGGGGACUUGGAGGUAUUGAAGAUUUUCAUGGAGGCCAAUCUUGAUCUUUCGAUGACUUUUGAUUCUUAUAACACCACAGCAUUGCACACUGCUGCAUCACAGGGCCACACUGAGGUGGUGAAUUUCCUCUUGGAAAAAGGCAGCAAUGUGGCCGUGAUAGCGAGGAGCAAUGGGAAAACCGCCUUGCAUUCGGCGGCUAGAAAUGGGCAUCUAGAGAUUGUUAAGGCCCUUUUGUCUAGAGAACCUGGAAUCGCGACAAGAAUUGACAAGAAGGGCCAGACGGCUUUGCAUAUGGCUGUUAAAGGACAGAAUGUUGAAGUGGUUGAUGUGCUGAUAAAAUGGGAUCCGUCUUUAAUAAACAUGAUUGAUGCUAAGGGCAACACAGCUUUGCACAUAGGAACUCGAAAGGGUAGGAUUCAGAUUGUUGAAAAGCUGCUAAAUGACUGUGGAGUUCACAAAAUGGUCAUCAACAAGUCCGGGGAAACGGUUCUCGACACUGCAGAGAAGAAUAAGCUAUCUGAUAUGGCAUGUAUCUUAAAAGAGCAUGGAGUCCAAUCUGCCAAAUCCAUCAAGCCUCAUCCUGCAAAUUCAGCUCGAGAACUAAAACAAACUGUAAGUGAUAUAAAGAAUGGAGUUCAUAACCAGCUAGAGCAUACACAUAAAACAAGAAAACGCGUUCAAGGAAUUGCAAAGCGGCUCAACAAAAUGCACGUCGAAAGUCUCAACAACGCUAUCAACUCCAGCACGGUGGUCGCUAUUCUCAUCGCCUCUGUUGCAUUCGCUGCCAUCUUCAACGUCCCGGGCCAAUACACCGACAGUCCCAGUGACAUCUCACCGGGUGUCUCCCCCGGACAAGCGAGAAUCGCCGUGAAACUGCCGUUCAUGAUCUUUGUUGUCUUCGACUCCAUAGCCCUCUUCAUAUCGUUGGCUGUCGUAGUAGUGCAGACCUCGAUUGUAGUCAUACAGAGAAAGGCAAAGAAGCAGAUGAUGGCAGUUAUUAACAAGCUCAUGUGGUUGGCGUGUGUGCUGAUUUCAGUGGCGUUUCUCGCCCUCUCGUAUGUCGUCGUCGGAGAAGACGAGAGGUGGUUAGCGAACCUUAUUACCGGUAUAGGGACUGUUAUCAUGGUAUCGACAUUGGGGACGUUGUGUUAUUGGGUGGUCGUGAACCGUAUAGAGGCUUCCAGAACUCGAAGCCUCCGUAGGUCUUCGAUGACCAGCAGAACUCAGUCAUUACCGACACCGUAUACGUCCGACACAGAGAUUCUAAACAAUGAGCACAAGAAACUCUAUGCGGUUUGAGUUUUAAUACACUAGAAACUCUUCAUCUCACGUUUAUAGAGUUGACUGACCGUAGCAGAAUGGCAGCAAAAACAGCAGAUAACAUGUAGACAUUUCAUUUUUGUGGUUCAACAGAUGAAGAAAUCAGUCAGUGAGUUGGCUUGAUUAUCCAUCAGCAAUGUUAUAUUUAACUUACCGGUGCUUUUUACUCGCUUGUUAGUACUAUUGAUUUUGAAUGCAA